UUUAUACAAAUCUUUUUCCAUUUUAAAUCAGAAAACUUUUCUUUUUCUUUGUUUUUUACUCAUUUCCUUUCUUUCAUCUGCGUUUUUGUCUAAUUUCUUUCAUAUGUAUUUUAUUUUCUUUACGAUAGCAAAUGUCAGCUGUUGCAAUGUUCACAUAAAAAUAUAGCAAGGAUCAUUUGUGAAAUCACAUUUAAUUUUUAUACCGAAUAUUGACGUUCAACUGUCAGAUCAGAGUGUUUUGACUGUGUACAUCAUAUUAAAUAUAUUUAAUUUAUAAUACUGGCUCAUUUAAACAGAUCUCUUACAGUCUCUCAACACAGCCUGUAACAGACCAGCUGCAGCUCAAACCUGCUCCCCUGGACUGCAAGUAAUGCAAGAGCAAACACCUCUUCUUGUAUUUAUUUUAAUUUUAUUAUAUAUUGUUUAUUUUAGUAUAUUUCUAAUUAUUUAAUUUAAUUUUGUAUCAGGGAUCAUUAAUAUUUUAUAUGGGGGACCAAUUGGGACAAUUACCCAUUAAAUAAAUGAAUGCACCAAAAAUAAUCAAAAUUAAAGCUGCAAGCAGUGUUGGGCAGGACCUCCCACUCCACGCAACUCGGGGCGUGCUGCGGCCGCGUCAUGUGCUGUCGUAAUACGUGCAGACCACAACAUGAACAUUUCACAUAAAUCGGCUCAAAAUCGCAACGCAGCACUUACUUCCUGUUGCCAGUAGGUGGCGCUAUCACUAUGUCUGAAUAUUGUUAUGUAGAUGUGUUCAGGGCGGGACUCUUAUCAGACAAGUGAAGUUUGGAGCCGAUUGGACAAUGUCUACUAAAGUUAUUGCGAAAUCGUGUUUUGUGGCGAAACAUCAAAAUUUGCUGCCACGCCCCGUCAACGCAGUCAACACAUAUCAACAAUGUGUUUUGCAUUUUAUAAGUACAUUUUAGGUGGAUCUGAUCAUCCUGCUAUUAGUAGAACAUGAAAGUAUAAAACGUGAUACUUCCUGUUGCCACUAGGUGGCGCUAUCAAUAUUACUGAAUAUUAUCACAUAGGCAUGUUCAAGGCGAGACUGUUAUCACACAAGUGAAGGUUGGAGCCGAUUGGACAAUGUACACUCAAGUUAUUUUAAAUUUGUGUUUUGUAGCGGUACAUCAAAAUUUCCCGCCACGCUAUAGACACGCCCACUCACCGCAGUCAACACAUAUCAUCAACAAUGUGUUUUGCAUUUUAUAAGUACAUUUCAGCUGGAUCUGAUCAUCCUGCUAGUAGUAGAACAUGAAAGUAUAAAACGUGAUACUUCCUGUUGCCACUAGGUGGCACUUUCACUAUUUCUGAAUAUUAUCACAUAGACGUGUUCAAGGUGGGACUCUCAUCAGACAUGUGAAGUUUGGAGCCGAUUGGACAAUGUACACUCAAGUUAUAGCAACCACAAUAAGAACUCACCACAAUCAAGAAAUAUCAUCAACAACAUGUUUUGCAUUUCCUGACUAGAUUUCAGCUUGAUCUGAUCAUCCUACUAGGAGUAGAACAUGGAAGUAUUAGAAAUGACAUUUCCUUUCACCACUAGGUGGCACUUUCACUUUUACUGAAUAUUAUCACAUAGACGUGUUCAGGGCGGGACUCAGACGUGAAGUUUCAUUGAGAUCAGUUCAUGUAUGCAGAAGUUAUGACAAAUCCCUCUUUCAUGGCGAAUCGUUAAAAUUCCACGCCACGGGACGGGCACGCCGUUUGACUGAAUAACGUAUAUAGCACAACUAUUAAUGGUGAAUGUGUUUAAAUGGCUGUGUCAAAAUCUGAAGUCGAUCCAAUCAAUUCCCUAGGAGGAGUUCGUUCAAAUACAACGUGUGCAAAUCGCCAAAAAUUGCCACAAAAUCCAAAAUGGCCGACUUCCUGUUGGGUUUGAGUUGAGAUGGGCUGUCUGGGAGGGAAGACGGAGGAAGAACGACUGGAUGAAAAAGCGAAGAGAGAAGCCAACAAGAAGAUCGAGAGACAGCUGCAGAAAGAGAGACAGGCAUAUAAAGCAACACACAGACUGUUACUGCUGGGUGCGGGAGAAUCAGGUAAAAGCACCAUUGUGAAGCAGAUGAGGAUUCUUCAUGUAGACGGUUUUAACCCUGAAGAGAAACAGCAGAAGGCUCAGGAGAUCAGGAAGAAUGUGAAGGACGCCAUCGUGGCCAUCGUGUCGGCCAUGAGUAUGUUGACUCCGCCAGUUCCUCUGGGUAACCCUGGCAACCAGUUCAGAGUUGACUACAUCAAGAACAUCGCACCACUGUCUGACUUCGAUUACACAGAGGAGUUCUUUGAGAAUGCACACCAGCUGUGGGACGACGACGGCGUGAAGGCGUGUUUCGAACGCUCCAACGAAUAUCAGCUGAUUGACUGCGCAAAGUACUUCCUGGACAGGUUGGAUUCACUUCGAAAGACGGACUACACACCUACUGACCAGGAUUUGUUGCGCUGCAGAGUGUUGACCUCAGGGAUCAUUGAAACCAGGUUUCAGGUUGACAAAGUCAACUUCCAUAUGUUUGAUGUUGGAGGACAGAGAGAUGAACGCAGGAAGUGGAUUCAGUGCUUCAACGAUGUGACAGCCAUUAUCUUCGUGGCGGCGAGCAGCAGCUACAACAUGGUGAUCAGAGAGGACAACUCUACCAAUCGGCUGCGAGAAUCUCUGGACCUCUUCAGAUCUAUCUGGACCAACAGGUUUCUGAAGACCAUUUCAGUGAUCUUGUUCCUGAACAAACAGGAUGUGCUCGCUGAUAAAAUUCUGGCUGGAAAAUCCAAACUGGAGGAUUAUUUCCCAGAAUACAACAACUACCAAGUACCUCCUGAAGGUACAAAUACACACAAACAUGUACAAACACACACACACACACACACACACACAACUCCUAAUGUCUGUGUGUGUGUGUGUGUGUGUUUAGCUGUUCCAGAUGCUGAUGAAGACCCCAGAGUGACGAGAGCCAAGUUCUUCAUCAGAGACGAGUUUCUGAGGAUCAGCACGGCGAGCGGUGAUGGCAAACAUUACUGUUAUCCUCACUUCACCUGUGCCGUCGACACUGAAAACAUUCGCCGCGUCUUCAACGACUGUCGUGACAUCAUCCAGCGUAUGCACCUGCGGCAGUACGAGCUGCUCUGAUUGGCCGCUGGGUCGAGAGAUGAUAUGUAAUCAAUACUGAUAGGAGAUCAAUACAGAUAGAUCCUGAUAUAUUUACACUGUUUAUGAUCACUGCAGUUAUUUGUAAUUGAUUAGUGAUGAUUAAUUAAGACAGAAUGGGAGAAGCAGAGGAUUGUGGGAUGUGGUUUCCUCCUGUGGUCAUACGGUAGUGGGCGGGGUUUAGAAAACUAGUUUAGACUUGAAGAAAAUGUUGAGUUUGAAUAUUUUUUCAUGUCUCUGAACUAUAUUAUUAUAUCUGUCCCCUGAUUGGCUGCUGUACACUCUGAUGUCACUCAACGCUUUCUGAAACUGAAUUUAUAAAUGAUAUUUAUUAGAUUCCGUUGUUUCAUCAAAAUCAAACAUUUAUAUUUAAAACCUCGUUUUGGAAGAAAUAAUAUUAAAGAAUUUUUAUCUCAAA